GUCAUUUGUUUUGAAGAAUCAGAGAAAAAAAACGAGUUGGUAGGUGCACUUAAAAGGGUACCCUACCCAUCACCCAACAUUCACCACUCACAACUGCACCAAACAACAUAGUUACACUCACACAGUAGCUUAGAACACAACAAACGUCGUAGUGUGUUUGUUUCAUACGUUUUUUUUUUUGUUCUCUCUGUUGAGGCAUCAAAGGGGUUGAAUCCAUGGAUUCUGAUUAUGGUAUUCCCAGGGAGCUUUCAGAUCUUCAAAGGAUUCGGUCUUUGUACCAGCCGGAGCUUCCCCCUUGCCUGCAGGGAACCACUGUGAGGGUUGAAUUUGGUGAUGCUACCACCACUGCUGACCCCACUGACGCCCUCACCAUCGCCAGGGCUUUUCCUCACACCUACGGACACCCUUUGGCUCACUUUCUCAGGGCCACUGCCAAAGUCCCUGAUGCUCAGAUCAUAACCGAGUUCCCUCCUAUUAGGGUGGGAGUUGUCUUUUGUGGGAGACAAUCUCCUGGAGGACACAAUGUUUCUGGGGUCUCCACAAUGCUCUCAAAAUUCACAAUCCCAACAGUGUUUUGCUUGGAUUUCUUGGUGGUUCAGAAGGUCUGUUCGCCCAGAAAACUCUCGAGAUAACGGACACUGUUCUUUCCUCAUACAAAAACCAAGGUGGUUAUGAUUUACUUGGUCGGACAAAAGAUCAAAUUAGGACUACAGAGCAGGUUAAUGCUGCGCUUGCUACAUGCAAAAAUUGAAACUCGACGGCCUUGUCAUAUCGGAGGGGUGACAUCAAACACGGAUGCUGCACAACUUGCAGAAACUUUUGCUGUAGCCAACUGCUCCACAAAGGUAUUUU